AUGUCUGCUGUCUUAUUCUACAAGAGACCUGAUCUGGUUUGCAAGCUGCCUGGUCCGCUGGGCCAGUCAGAAUGCCAGAAGUAUGUGGAGAGGACACUGAAGAAGAAGGGCAGCAUCCCACCAGCGCUGUCGUUCGAUCGGAUAGUCGCCAACAAAACAUUGCCACCAUGCAGCUUAAUUGAUUUCAUGGACUAUCUUCUUUACGUUUCCUUCGACGCGGAAAACCUCCAGUUCUAUCUGUGGCUCCACGACUACACGAAGCGGUUCAACGCUCUGAAAAAGGAGGAAAAGGCGCUCUCCCCCGAAUGGGGCGCUGAAAUCUCCGAGGAGCUAGUGAAGGUCAUCAAACUCAGCCAGACUGCAGCCAACUUGGAGAGCUUAGGUUUGAUCGACAGCGACGACUCAGCAAAGGGCCCUUCGUACGCGCUCACCGAGAUCGCCGGCGCACACGGAUCGAGACCGGUAUCAGCCGGAGGAACAGACUGUUCCUCAUUUAUCUCGCACAAAGUAUCCGCCCCCGAUCUCGCUCAGGAAGUCCGCUCUCAUGACAACAACACCGGUGGUCUGAACUCACCCGCGCUGCAGCCCUUCCGCGCAGAAGUUGCCAAGGCAAUCGCAACCUAUAUUGCGCCGGACGCACCACGCGAACUCAACAUUUCCCACCGCGACCGCGAAGCCGUACUCCAAGCAUUACAACACACGACGCACCCAUCGGCCUUCGCACUCGCCUGCACCCUCGUCGAAGGCACACUGCGCGGCGUGAGCCACCCCAACUUCAUCCGCUGGACCAUCUGCAACGGCAACAAACCGCGCGUCAUCGCCGUGCGAGGCGCCUGCGCCAGCAACAUCGUGCUUGGACUCUUACUAGCCAUCUUCCUGACGCUGUCGAGCCUGAACAGAUGGUACCGCGUCCUCGCCUCCGUCUGGCUUUUCAUUGGCAUCAGCGGCCUCAUCGCCGCCUACAAGGGCCUCUGCAUGAUCCUGCACACGGGCCACAAGCGCACCGUCAACCCGUGGGAGGACGUCGACAGGGGGUCCAUCUACACCGGCCCCGACUCUACCAAAGGGCCCGACGACGAGGAAGCAGCGUUCGCGACCUCUGAGCGAGCGGUGAGUCCGAAGCCCAAGUCGUUUGACUCGUUUGGCAGCUCCAACUCUUACCUUGAUGAGCCGUGGGUGGAUGCGGAGAAGCGGAAGCCGCUGCUGAAGAGGGUUUUUGAAAAGACGACGAGAGUCCAGGACUCGAGUCUGAAGGUGUUGCAGGAUCGAAUCGUGUGGCAGGCGCAGAUAACGGCGCUGCUGAUCACGAUUGUGAUUACCGCUGGGUUUGUGGCGCUGCCCAAGGGGGAGUUUUUCUGA